AUGCGUCCGGACCCCUCAACCACCCCCUCCCCUGCCGCUGCCGUGUCCACCGCCGCCCCCACAACCACCCCCGCCCCUGCCACCUCCCCCGCCGCUGCCGCCACCACCCCCACCGCUGCCACUAGCCCCUCCAGCCCCACCACCACCCCCGCCACCGCCUCCCCCGCCGUCACCUCCGCCUCCCUUGCCCCCUUUGCCCUUGCCGCUGCGGCGCCAGCUCGGAGCAGACGCAGUCCUGACCUUCUCAGCACCAAGGAGGUCGACAGCACAAGCAGAGGCUACAGAGGGAAGAAGGGCGGAAGGGGAACACCCCUCGAUGAAAGGGCACAGGCACGGGCAGCAACGGGCGGCAACGGGCAGCACAAGCACGGGCAGCAACGGGCGGCAACGGGCAGCACAGGCACGGGCAGCAACUGGCAGCAACAGGCAGCACAGGCACGGGCAGCAACGGGCGGCAACGGGCAGCACAGGCACGGGCAGCAACGGGCGGCAACAGGUAGCACAGGCACGGGCGGCAACAGGCAGCACAUGCACGGGCAGCAACAGGCAGCACAGGCACGGGCAGCAACGGGCGGCAACAGGCAGCACAGGCACGGGCAGCAACGGGCGGCAACGGGCAGCACAGACACAGGCAGCAACGGGCAGCACAGGCACGGGCAGCAACAGGCAGCAACGGGCAGCACAGGCACAGGCAGCAACGGGCGGCAACAGGCAGCACAGGCACGGGCAGCAACAGGCAGCACAGGCACGGGCAGCAACGGGCGGCAACAGGCAGCACAGGCACGGGCAGCAACGGGCGGCAACGGGCAGCACAGGCACGAGCAGCAACGGGCGGCAACGGGCAGCACAGGCACGGGUAGCAACGGGCGGCAACGGGCAGCACAGGCUCGGGCAGCAGCAGGCAGCAGCGGGCAGCACAGGCACAUGCAGCAACGGGCGGCAACAGGCAGCACAGGCACGGGCAGCGACAGGCAGCACAGGCACGGGCAGCAACAGGCGGCAACAGGCAGCACAGGUGGCGACGCACAGCAAGGCGUGCAGCAGCAUCACGUGUGGCCCACUGUGGGCGAACAGUGGCGUCAGCAUCAGCAGCAGGGGCAUGAGAGGCACCAGAAGUGA